AGGGGUCCUUUAACAUCUCAUUGCAUUUCAUGUGGUUGGGGAAUGCAAGGGCAGUUUGUGAGACAUAAGUGCAGAAAUAUAUGUGAAUUUUGACAGAGUAUUUAUGCUUUGUUACGGUUGGUGGCUAUGAUUCAUAUUUCCAAAUAAAUACAUUCGUUAAUCUUCUAUCGUAAAGUCUAUAGUAAUCAUGUGGGCGGUCGCAUCAUCAAGGUUUGUCCUUCAAAGCUGCUGGAAUCUUACAAAUCUGAAAUCUUCCUUGAGUCGAAUACAGAAUCUGUCACAAACAGCAUGCAAGAAAACAGUUAUAGUUGAACGCUGUUGGAAGGUUCCUUUAUCAAAAGAGGGAAAGCCACCCAGACUACAUCCCCGCCGACACAGGGUGUACCGCUUGGUUGAGGACACAAAACACAAAGCCCAGGACAAAAUGCAGCUCAUCCUCACUCAGACGGUGCCCAGGCUUGGUGGACGAGGCGACACCGUUUUUGUGAAAAAAUCAUUGGGCCGCAACAAACUGCUACCCCAAGGUCUGGCUGUCUAUCCAUCACAAGAAAAUAAAGACAUGUUUGCAGAGGAAAUAAGGCUACUUCGGGAGGGACGACCCGAGGACAGAGUCCAGACACGCACAGGAAUGCUAACUGUUGAAUUCUUGAAGAAAACACAGCUUGAAGUUCCCAUGCACACUUCAAUUCAGUACUCGCUCACUAAAGAGAUUGUUUGCAGACAGUUUCUUAGACGGCUCGGUGUGGUUGUGCCGACACAUGCCUUGACUCUUCCAGAAGAACCAAUCACAGGGCCUGGAGAGUACUGGUGUAACGUCACAGUGAACGGAGUGGACACCAUCAGGGUGCCCAUGUCUGUGGUGCCGUUUGUGGAGCCCAGUCAACAGCUGCUGAUGAAGAAACAGGAAAAGCAAGAGCAGUCAGAAUAGUGUUUUCUCCACUAAAAUGCUUUGCAGGAAACGACUUGGAGAAUAUACACAAGGAAUUUGUACAAAUAAAAUGAUUUUUGUUUAU